UCUCUACAGAAAAUGUUAGUUAUAUUGAAAAUCAAAAUGAGUUAACAGAGAGUACAGAAACCUCAGAAAAUCAGUUGGCAGUACGUACAAGAAAAAAAAGAUCUAACCCAAAAAAUUUUAUUAUAACAUAAAUAAAAAAAAUAAAUUGAAUGGCAAAGAAUAUUAUGGUCAGAAAAAAACAAAUGGUGUAUGGUCAUACAAUAUACACAAACCUGCAAAAGUUUUGAAAUGUGUUUGCAACUGUAAAGUAAGCUCAAAAAACAGUAAAUUGAAAUGUAAAGAAGUUAAAGAAGAGGAACGGUUGAAAAUAUUUGAAGAAUUUUGGGAAUUGUCAAAAAAUGAGAAACAACUAUACAUUAAAAACUAUACAAAAAAAAAUCCAACUCUAAGGCUUAGAGGUACAAUAACUCCUUCAAGAAGAAGUUCAUCUAUCCAAUACUAUUUACAAACAGCUGAUGAUAGGGUAAGAGUUUGUAAAGUACUGUUUUUAAAUACAAUUGGAAUUAGUGAAAAAGUUUGUUUAAAAAUUCUCAGUCAUAAAGACAGCAAUAAUUCAACUUCUGAUAAUGAUAUUGAUGAUAAUUUUAACACCACAGAAAAUGCUUUAAACAUUUCAAAUAGUCAACGAAGUACUAAAACCACUGUAUCAGAGAAAAAAAGUUUUCUUUACAAAUUUUUAAACACUUUGCCUAAAUUAGAAAGCCAUUAUUGUAGAGCUAGUACAUCCAAAUUAUACUUAGAACCAAAUUGGACUUCAAAAACUGAAUUGUAUAAUUUUUAUUGUAAUGAUUAUUGCACCACUCAUAAAACUACACCAAUGAGCAGCUAUGUAUUUGAUAAAGUUAUAGAAGAACAAAAUAUUGGAUUGUUUCAACCUAAAAAAGAUGCCUGUGAUAUUUGUACAGCCUAUGAUACAGGAAAUUUAUCUCAAGAAGAAAAAGAAACACAUGACAGUAUGAAAAAAGAGGCAAGGAUGGAAAAAGAAAAGGACAAAAUGUCAGAAAAUGAAAUCUUUACUAUGGAUCUGCAAUCUGUCCUCUUAUGUCCAAAAUCAAAUGUUUCUUCACUUUAUUAUAAAACAAAACUUAUAGUACAUAAUUUUACAGUUUAUGAUUUGAAAAGAAAAAAUGGAUUCUGUUUUCUAUGGAAUGAAACUGAAGGCGGGUUAUCUUCCAAUGAGUUUAGUUCUAUUAUAAUUUAUUUUUUACAAAAAUAUGUUAUAAACUCAAAUACUGGAAAUUUGAAUUCUAUUAUACUAUACAGUGAUGGCUGUACUUAUCAAAAUAGGAACACUACUUUAUCUAAUGCAUUACUUAACUUAUCAAUUAACUCAAAUGUGACUAUAAUACAAAAGUUCCUUCAACGUGGCCAUACACAAAUGGAGGUUGAUAGCAUGCAUUCUACUAUUGAAAGAAAAGUAAGAAACAGAAAAAUAAAUGUACCCGCAGACUAUAUUUCAAUUUGCAAAUCAGCUUGUAUAAAAAGUCCUUAUACAGUAGAAUAUUUAACACAUGAUUUCUUUAAGUCAUUCUCUUCCAUAACUUUCUGUAAAUCCAUUCGACCUGGAAAUAAGAAAGGAGAUCCUAUUGUGACAAAUUUAAAAGCUAUCAAAUAUGAACCUGACAGACAAAUCAAAUAUAAAUUGAGAUUUACUGAAGAAGAUUGGAGUACUCUUAAACUUAAAAACAGCAAACAGAUUGCAGUUAAAUUUGAUGAACUACCUCAAUUACACAAUGAUAGACUGAAGAUAAAAAAAGAAAAAUAUGAGCAUCUUCAACAACUAAAAUUAACUAUGGAAAAAGACUAUCAUGCGUUUUUUGAUAAUUUACCUAAAGAGUAAAGAUAUUUUGGCAAAACGAUUACUAUUAUUAUUAUCAUUUUUAAUUUGUUAUAAUGUUACUUAGAUAUUUUAUUUAAAAAGGAAAAAUAUUUUAUUUGUUUGUUAUUUUUAGUUUCUUUUAUUUAAUUUGUAUAAUGUUAUUAUUAUCAAGGUUAUUACUUUUAUCACUAUACUUUACUAACAUUU